AUGUCCACUCCAAAAUCAACUCAAACUGUCACUAACAAGGCAUGUCUGAUUGUCAUUGAUGGUUGGGGAAUUUCUCCAGAAUCUGAUACAGCUGGUGAUGCUGUUCGCAAUGCUCAGACUCCAGUCAUGACGCAUCUGGCUAAAACGUAUCCUCACACUCCCAUUGCAGCGCAUGGUUUGGCUGUUGGUCUUCCAGAAGGAUUAAUGGGAAACUCUGAAGUAGGCCAUUUGAACAUUGGAGCCGGUCGUAUUGUUUAUCAGGACAUUGUUCGCAUUGAACUUUCUAUAAAAAAUAAAACUCUUCAUACUCAAAAAGCUGUCGUCGAUGCAUUCUCUCAUGCAUCACAAGGCACUGGUCGUCUGCAUUUGGUUGGUCUUGUAUCCGAUGGUGGAGUCCAUUCUCAUAUGAAUCAUUGCAUCUCGCUUCUUGGUGCUGCCAAGGACGCUCAAGUCCCUGAAACUUUUAUUCAUUUCAUUGGUGAUGGUCGUGACACUUCUCCUCGCUCUGCUGCCACGUAUCUUGACCAGUUGAUCGCUACUACUACUCAACUCAAAUAUGGUAAACUUGCUACAAUGGUCGGUCGUUACUACGCCAUGGACAGAGAUAAGAGAUGGGAGCGUGUGCAGAUCGCUUAUGAUGCAUUGGUUCAUGGUGUUGGUGAACACGCUCUCAAUCCUCGCGAUGCCUUGCAAGCAAGAUAUGCUGCCGAUCAAACUGACGAGUUUUUGAAACCCAUUAUUCUUUGUCCCGAUCUGACUGGUACAAUCCAAUCGGGCGACUCUGUCAUUCUCUUCAACUAUCGCAGUGAUCGUAUGCGUGAACUUUCUCUUGCUCUCAUGGCAAAAGAUGCUACUGACAUGCCAUUCGAAUCUAAAACUCCUCCUCCAACCGGACUGUACAUUGCCUCCAUGACCCAAUACAAGGCUGAUUUCCCCUUUCCAACCAUCUUCCCUCCACAAACCAUGGACAAUGUCCUGGGCGAAUGGCUGGACAAAAUGAGCAUUUCUCAAUGCCAUGUUGCUGAAACAGAAAAGUAUGCUCACGUAACCUUCUUUUUCAAUGGCGGUACCGAGGCUCAGUAUGCAUUGGAGGACCGUGAGCUGAUUGCUUCGCCAAAGGUUGCCACUUAUGAUCUCAAACCAGAAAUGAGUGCAAUCGAGGUGGCCAACAAGGUUGCUCAUGUGGUUGAGUCGCAAAAGUAUCCAUUUGUAAUGUGUAAUUUUGCACCACCAGAUAUGGUGGGUCAUACAGGCAUGUACGAAAAAGCUAUUUUAGGAGUCGAGGCAACCGACCGUGGUAUUGGCAUCAUUUAUGAGGCCUGCAAACGUGCUGGAUACACGCUGUUUGUCACUUCAGACCACGGCAAUGCCGAAAAAAUGUUUGGUGAUGAUGGCCAACCUCAUACUGCCCAUACUUGCAACCCUGUUCCCUUUAUCAUGACUACAAACAAGAAACAAUUUGCUGUUUGCGAGAGUGAUAUUGGCUCGUUAUGUGAUGUUGCACCCACUGUGCUGGAGUUUAUGGGUUUGGAAAUUCCCAUUGAAAUGACUGGAAAAUCGAUAUUGAAGCAUUAA